AUGCAAAUCGACGUUAGUGAGAUUCAGCCCGUAGCCACUUCGUUGUAUGGGUUCAUCAGUAAUGAGCGAGCCUCUAGUGAGGAUGCAGAGAAGCACUUUCAUAGUGUUGGAUUCAUCGUCCUCGUACAACGUUAUCCUAGGGAGACCGACACUGCAUGCGUUCUAGGCGGCAGUCUUCACGACCAGGUCAGGGAAGUCAGAGGUGAGCAAUUGGUCUCUCGUAGGUGUUAUAUUGACAUGGUGAGAGUGGAGGCCCGCAAGGCUCAAAGAACUCAGGAUGGCGAAAUCCACGUCAUCCAGGAGGAGCCCCUCCCUAUAGCUGAGGAACUCAUUCCUCGGGAGGAGGUCCAGCUCUAUCCAGAGUGCCCGGAGAGCAUCACUAGCAUAUCAGGCGAUCUAUCGAUCAAGAUCACGACAGAUCUGAUCAAGUGCCUGACAUACAAUAGGCAUGUCUUCGCCUGGUCCCUUAAGGAGCUACUAGGAGUCAAGCCCAAGGUAGCUGAGCACAAGCUACAUCUUUUGCCUGAUGCCCGACCAGUCAAGCAGAAGAAAUGGAACUUCUCGGCUGAACAAAAUAAAAUCAUCCGAGCUGAAUUAGACCAGCUCUUGAAAGUAGGGCACAUUAGAGAGGUACAGUUCUCAUCCUGGCUCUCUAAUGUGGUUCUAGUGUCCAAGCCUAACAAUAAGUGGAGAGUCUGCAUCAACUUUAGAGGCCUCAACCGAGCCAACCCUAAAGAUUGCUACCCGUUACCAAGAAUUGACCAGAUGAUGGAUUCUACUUCGGGUUGUGAGAGGAUAUGUAUGCUCGAUGCCUAUCAAGGGUACCAUGAGAUCCCUCUUGCUCUAGAAGAUCAAUAA